CAGCAACCACAGGCGUGCACAGCGACGACGCUCGCCGAUGCCGCUCUUCUCGCCGCGCGCAACAGCGGCGCGCCUGUCGGGCCAAGUGCACACCGCAGAGGCUGCCGAGAGCGCACGCGACACAGCGGCAGCCGCAGCAACGGCAGCCGCGACCGCCGAGGCAUACGCACAUGUCUCGCACGCCGAGCUGACCGAUCUGCGCGCGGUGCAGCGCACGUUUGACGGAGCCUAUGCUCGCACAGCCCUCGCGCAGCUCGGCUAUGCAGUCGUCAUCCUGCGCCUCUUCAGUGCCGACUUCUACUACAUCGGGCUGGCAUACACUCUCCUCGCCCUCCUCUUGCUGCUGGCCUCGGCCUAUCGCCACAAUCUCGUCGUGCAUUUCCUGCCCACGCCCGCGCCUUCGCCCACGACGGCCACGCCGUUGCUCUGCGCUGUUGCGCCUGCAUCUGCUGCGCACGACGACGCAGGUCUGGGCGUGCAGCUCGCGCCCGCAGCAGCAGGGCCAGCAAGCCAGGCAAUGUCUCGCGCUCCGAGCGCCCUCAGCGCGACGAGCACCACAAGCACCGCGCGCACGACGGCUCCCCGCACGCGGCAGCGACACAUGGCCAUGGCCUCGCAUCUCUUCACCGCCGGCGACGUCGUGGCGCUGCUGUCGGCGGGCAUGCUGCUCGUGCAGGUGGCGCUCUUCGUGCUUGUGCUUCGCCUUUGAGCGGGAGAGAGAGAGUGAAGGAUGGGAGGAGGGGCACGGGAAAACGGCACGUUGGCUCGGCUGGCCAAUUUGCCUCACAUGACGGGCGCGGAAAAUCCGGCGCGCUCUCUCCCCCCAUCGUCAAGUCCUGCUCGUCUACCGCCCUUUUGCGGCAUCG